UUUCCCGGUUUUCGUUGUCAUCGUGCACAACUUGCAAAAAAUAACUUGGCUUUGUUCACUUUCCACAAUUAAUUCAAUAAAUUUCAAUUUUAAUUAAAAAUAUAAAAUGUAUCAAAACGAUAUGGCAAAACCAUUCUGGGCAAAUGGACCAUCACCUGGUCAAUUUUAUAACUUUGUUGGAAAUAAUUUAUUUGCCAACGAAACUCAAAAUUCCGGACCAGUUGGUAUAUUUGGAACCCAAAGAACAUCUCAGCCAAUUACAACUGGAACUUCAGUUGUUGGCAUCAAAUUCGAUACUGGUGUUAUUAUCGCUGCCGAUAAUCUAGUGUCCUACGGUUCGCUAGCCAGAUUCCAGGAUGUUCAACGCGUUUUUAAGAUUAACGAUAAAAUUGCCAUUGGAACUGGUGGUGACUUUGCCGAUUUCCAAAGUUUGAAAAGAAUUAUCGAUCAAAAGAUGUGCGAAGAUAUUUGCUACAAUGACACCAUUGAAAUGAAGCCCAAGUCACUUUAUAACUGGCUGACUCGAGUCCUUUACAACAAACGUAGCAAGUUCGAUCCAUUGUGGUUGGAUAUGGUUGUUGGUGGAAUGGAAGAUGGUGAUCCUUUCUUGGGUCAUGUAGAUCUGCGAGGACGCUCGUAUGUGGACACAGUUGUUGCCACUGGAUUUGGCAAGCAUUUGGCUCUACCAAUUGUUCGAGAACGUAUCUCUGAUACUACUAAGUUGAACAGAGCUGAAGCUGAACAAUUGAUGAAGAAGUGUAUGGAAGUAUUGUACUAUCGUGAUUGCAGGGCUUUGUCUAAGUAUUCCGUUGCUAUUGUCACAAAGGAGGGAACAGAAAUUCUCAGCUCGCAAAAGGUCAGCGAAAACUGGCAAUUAGCAACAAUGAUUAAGGGAUACUAAGUAGUUUGAUAAAUCUUUUAAAAUGUUCUUAAAACGAAAUAAUACACUUAUAAUUUUUUUUGGAUAAAGGAAA